AUGCAACCCCACAAUGACAACGACGGAGAGGUCCGAAGCCAUUGGAAUGACCAUUUCUCCGAGUACGUCGAAAAGAACUGGAAGAAAGGAACCGACAUCGACCAAAAGUCCUCGGAGUACGCCUCAAAAGACACACUCACCAGAUACUGGACAGAGAUAACAGUCUCCCGUGAACUGGACAGGGGCUCCCCACCUAUACCCAUUGCCGCCGAAUUGAUUCUGGAGCACUAUCUCCGGGUUUGGUCCACCUUGGUUUAUAUUGGAUACCCUCAUUUCAUCACUUGGUUCCGUCGACAUGACCGCGACGACGAGUUCUUCUAUUCGAGCGGCUUUACGGAGGGCUUGUAUCACGGCCACGACCCACAGAGACAGGCCAUGCUUAAGAAGUUUGGUCAACACUGGUGUAAAUUUUGGCCGGUCCGAUUUACAUCACACGUGAUUCACAAGAGGAAUCUUGACUCUGAAAGAGUGCUACCAGUGACUUGUUGGCGCCGACUCAGUCAAUCAGAGUCCACGUCUAGGACUACGAUCUACGAAGUUGAUUUGGAUCCCGAGUGCUGCGAAGUCAGCAAUAAAAAGGUCGUCUUCAAGAUCUACAAUACCAAGACAGACCCUGCGGCAAGCCUGGCUUUCACAAAGGAGGCUGACAUCUUCGAAACACUUGGUCGAAGUUGCGAGGGCGUCAUUGUCCAGUACCUAGGAUCAUUCAUUCAGCAUGAAAAAAGCGUCAUUGUUUUGGAACAUGCCAACGGCGGUAACCUCUGGGACUUCUUUAAAACCCAUCGCGUACCCAGGAACAAUCAAGAGCUCAUCUAUCUUUGGACGAAGUUGUUCAAGUUGGUAGAAGCAAUCAACCACCUUCACCAUCCCGGAAGAGCCACGGUUGGCAUCACCCAUAGAGACCUCAAAUUUGAAAAUAUCUUAUUCUUCAAAAAUGGCUCAGCAGACGAUUACGAGUUUGAGUUCAAGCUCACGGAUUUCGAUACCAGCACCUCUCUUCAGAACACUCAGAACGGAUUCAACCAUCAAGACAACGAUGGCAGCAGGACACGCAGUGCGCCUGAGGCAUCACGUAUCCUGGAUCACACCGAGCCCAAGUCAGAGAUGACUCCUUUGACUUCCGACAUAUGGCAACUUGGCACUGUUUUCAGCGAGGCCCUUAUAUGUAUCCUUUGGGACCAUAGGUCAUUGAGCGCAUACGAAAAGAAGAGACGGGAAGAGACAAGUUCCUUUCGAAAUCUUGAAAACAGCGGACUAGAAAUUUGUUUUCACGAUGGCGAAAAAAGGCUUGCAUGCAUACAGGAAUUCCACCAGGAAGCGCUUGACGGACGGAAAGCGUUUGAUAGGAUCUCGGAGCCGCUGGUAGCUCUGAUUGAAGAUCAUAUGCUAGUGCCGCACGACGCUCGCCUAGGCCCAAAGAUGCUGUCCGUCAAAUUCGCCCAAUUGCUGGACCGAAUUCGAAGAGAUUCUGUCGCAUUGCCACAAAGACCGCAAAAACAAUUGGAUCAUGCGCAGACAGAACCAGGUGCAAUUCCUGGGGUUCGAGACCUUCUGACAGGGCGAGGGAAUACAUCUCCGCGAGAGAUCAAAGGCUCUCCAUCUUCGCCUACCAUCAAGACUUUCGACACAGUUGUGGAUCAGGCCGAUGGCGUACUCCAAGAAGAGCUCGAGAUCACCAGUGUAUUACGGGAAGAACCUUUGUCCCUCGACGACGAGGGCUUGACGGCAAAACCAGACCAGAACCUCCCUCGAGAGAGGGAGUCGCACACAUUCAAGUUCCCCGUGGUGACUGCCAAUGAUGUCGAGCUUUGGAGGAUGAACAAGAAGCAAAGCGCCGACCCUCCACAAGGAGUCGUCGAGAUUAUUGAUCAGCUCCAAGGCCGCGAUCAAGUCUUCGUCAUUGAUGACGCAGAACCGAUGAAGGCUCAUCUAUCCGACAUCAUACACAUGGCGGGGGCCAUGAUCAGUCUGGCCAAAAAGGCCGACCCCAAUGGAGUCGAAUUGAUUUUCACAUCAGCUCCAGAUGACGUCAAAAAGAAAAGCAGAUUUAGCUUUCAAAGCGAAACACGCCAUCUUGUUGAUCGCAUCAAUGCCAGAUUCCGAAACAAAACGCUUCCCAAAAACACCCACAUGGAAGACAGGCUCGGCACUGUCCUGGAGCGUAUUGCGCGAAAUGAGAAGCAGACAAGCGUGUACGUGCUGACGGAUGGAGUGUGGCAAGAAUCCGAUGAGCCUGGCGGCGGUGUAGAAAAUCCGAUCAAAAACUUGAUUUCAUCUUUGAACGACGGGAAGCGAAACCGAACAGCUGUUACCAUCCAGUUCAUCCAAUUCGGCAAUGACGCAGAGGGACGCAAACGAUUGGAAUGGCUCGAUGACGAAUUACCAAACUCGGGCGAGAAUUACUUGCGCAACUUGUAA